GCAAUACAAUAUCAAUCCGUAGAAUAUAUUCCCAACACCCAAUCACCAAUGCUUGAAUACAAAAAGGGGUACUAGGCCAAUGCGUACUGUAUAUAUCAACCAACUCUCAAGAAAAAUUCCUUUCUUCAUUUAAUUUAACACUGGGCAAUAUUAAUUCAAGAAAGCACUCUUUUUUACACCAAACUUUCUUCAAAAACACCCCCUUUGAUUGUCCCCGGGUGUUCACCAUUCGAUUGUGUUGAGCCAUGGCAACUCUUGGGGAUAUUGGGGUGUCAGCACUCAUCAAUAUACUCACUGCUUUUGCCUUCUUGCUGGCCUUUGCUCUGCUGAGAAUUCAGCCUGUGAAUGACAGGGUUUACUUCCCCAAAUGGUAUAUUGAGGGCAAGAGGAACAGCCCUAGGCACAGAGGCAACUUUGUGCACAAGUUUGUGAACCUCAAUUUCAAGACUUACCUCACUUUUCUCAGCUGGAUGCCUCAGGCCAUGAAGAUGAGUGAGGCUGAGAUUAUCAGCCAUGCUGGCCUUGACUCUGCUGUUUUCCUGAGGAUUUAUACUCUUGGCCUAAAAAUAUUUGGGCCAACAGCUAUUGUGGUGCUUUUGGUUCUUAUCCCGGUCAAUGUGUCAGGCGGAACAUUGUUUUUCCUUAGCAAAGAUUUGGUCGUUAGCGAUGUUGAUAAGCUGUCCAUAUCCAAUAUUAGUCCCAAAUCUCUGAAGUUCUUUGUGCACAUAGGAAUGGAAUACUUGUUCACGUUUUGGACGUGCUAUAUUCUGUACAAGGAAUAUGGCCGAGUGGCGUCAAUGAGAUUAAAGUUUUUGGCUUCACAAGGCCCGAAACCAGAACAGUUUACAGUUAUUGUAAGAAAUGUACCGCAUCAAUCUGGCCGUUCAAUUUCAGACAGUGUAGAAGGCUUUUUUAAGAAGAACCACCCGGAUCACUAUCUUUGCCACCAGGCUGUCUAUAAUGCAAACAAGUUUGCCAAACUUGUCAGGAAACGAAAUAGGCUUCAAAAUUGGCUCGACUAUAACCAGCUUAAGCUCGAAAGAAAUCCGGACAAGAGGCCAACCAGUAAGACAGGCUUCCUUGGACUUUGGGGCAAAAAAGUUGAUUCGAUUGAGUACUAUAAACACCAGAUUAAAGAGUUUGACAGAAUGUUGACAAUAGAGCGUGAGAAGAUUCUUAAGGACCCGAAGUGUAUCAUUCCCGCUGCCUUUGUAUCGUUCAAUUCGAGAUGGGGGGCAGCCGUAUGUGCACAGACUGAACAAAGUAAGAACCCCACGCUGUGGUUAACAAAUUGGGCUCCUGAGCCUCGGGAUAUAUUUUGGAAGAACCUAUCGAUAUCAUUCGUUUCACUGAGCAUCCGGAGAUUGGUGAUAGGAGUAUCGGUGUUUGCUUUGGUCUUUUUCUACAUGAUACCUAUCGCCUUCGUGCAAUCACUGGCAAAUUUGGAAGGUCUAGAAAAAGUUGCCCCUUUCCUCAGGCCGUUAAUUGAAUGGAAGUUCGUAAAGUCUUUCCUACAAGGUUUCCUUCCCGGUCUAGCCCUAAAAAUUUUCCUGUAUGUUCUUCCAACCAUUCUGAUGAUCAUGUCAAAGAUCGAGGGGCAUGUGGCCUUAUCAGUGCUCGAAAGGAGAUCUGCAGCGAAAUAUUAUUACUUUAUGUUGGUCAAUGUAUUUCUCGGAAGUAUUAUAGCGGGAACAGCGUUCGAGCAACUUGACGCUUUCGUUCACCAAUCAGCUACCCAAAUACCGAGAAACAUUGGAGUAUCGAUACCUAUGAAAGCGACUUUCUUUAUUACAUAUAUAAUGGUUGAUGGGUGGGCUGGUAUUGCGGGCGAGAUUCUUCGAUUGAAACCUUUGGUCAUUUUUCAUCUCAAGAACAUGUUCUUGGUGAAAACCGAAAGGGAUAGGGAAAAGGCAAUGGAUCCCGGGAGUGUAGACUUUCCCGAGACUCUCCCAACUCUUCAACUCUACUUUCUUCUCGGGAUUGUCUAUGCUGUGGUUACACCGAUCCUCCUUCCUUUCAUACUCGUCUUCUUUGCUCUUGCAUAUCUUGUAUAUCGUCAUCAGGUAAUCAAUGUUUACAACCAAAGGUAUGAGAGCGCAGCUGCAUUUUGGCCACACGUUCAUGCUCGUAUAAUAGCAAGCUUACUGAUAUCGCAACUGCUUUUGUUGGGUCUGCUCAGCACUAAAAAAGCUGCAAACUCGACUCCUUUGCUUGUUGUGUUACCAAUUUUGACGUUAGCAUUCCAUAAAUACUGCAAGAACCGAUUUGAACCAGCGUUCAGAAGAUAUCCUCUCGAGGAAGCAACGGACAAGGAUAUGCAAGACCAUCCCGAAUCCAAUGCCAAUCUGAAAGCUUUAUUAGCUGAUGCAUAUCUGCAUCCAAUCUUCAACUCAUUUGAAGAAGUCGAGUUGGUCGAGGUGAAAGUCGACAAAAACCAGUCUCCAAGCCCGAGCCCUGCAGCUAGUGAACCCGACGACAAAAACCAGUCUCAAGCCUCGAGUCCAUUAAGCGAGCUCAGUUCUCCAUCUCCAACUCAUCAGCACGCCCAUAAUCAUGACGACGAGCAAUCACAGAAAGUCCAGCAUUAUGAGGCCGGGCCGCCUGGUGAUAUCUUUCACUAUGAAUAUCAGCAAUCUGAGUAUAUGUAUCACUAUGAUGUGGAGUCAUACCAUCAUGGAUAUCAUUACUAGAAGGAAUGAUAGGUGAGUUCUUCUUAGAUCUCUAACAUAAUUAGUUUUAGUUGUAAAUUAUCCCCUCAGUGUAAAUGCAAACUGGUUUUUUAAUAAGUUUUUAUUAUUGGAUUGUUUUCACGAA